AUGGACGACGACUCUAUGGCCGAGGAGAUGGAUGAUGCUCCGAAUUAUCCUCGAGGCUUCCGCAUCGCGAACAUGCUACCAGAAUCGGCGUAUUCAUUGCAACGAAUGUCUUCCUUCUCGGAUCAUGAGUCACCGAGUAUAAACCACUCAGAUUAUGCUGAAGAUGAAAGCGUUGCUGUCUUGAGAUUGAGAAAGUUAUAUCCAGCUGUUAACCCAGAUGUACGUACUAAAGUAUUUUUGUUGAUUUUUUAGAUGUACCCUCCUUUACCGAGAUUCUGGAACCCAAUGGACAAGUAUAAACUUCUGGUAUUGUCAAGCGAUUAUUUACGAAUCAAAUACUCCGGAAAGAACAGCGCUCUUAAGGAUCCUGCAUCUGUUAGAGCAAAUGCUGCCAUCCCGCGAUUAUGUGGCAUUUUUUACUACGAAAUACGAGUAAUGAAUAUACCGAGCUCGGGGUAUGUAAAGUUUAGUAUAACAACGUUCCCGUUUAAGUUGCUUUGCCAUUGGUUUGGGAGACAGAAGCACUAGUCUGAACAAGCUUCCAGGAGUGGAAACGGGAACGUUUGGUUAUCAUGCGGACAAAGGCCGCCUUCUCUCCGGCCAUACCAAAAUCGACGCCAACGAAGUCUACAAAUCGGAUGAUAUUAUCGGCUGCGGUAUCAACUUUGUGACUAGAACGAUCUUCUUUACCAAGAACGGGCAGAAGUUGCAAAGCGAAUUCACUAAUGUAAAUAUGACGAGGUCUUUCUAUCCAAUUGUUGGAACACAAUGUCCGGCGGAUGUGGUAGAUACCAACUUUGGACAGAAACCAUUUGUUUACGAUAUUGAAUCGGAAAUCAGGGUAAUCUAUGACACCAGAAGAUUAAACUAGUUUUAGAAAUGCAAAGAAGAAACGUGGUCGACCAUUCAGAAUCUCCAACUACCUCCAUUAAAGUCCGUUUGGAUGUCCAAAUCGAUCUCCGACUGGUUGGCCAUCAAAGGUUACACUACUGCCCUCACAGCUUUCAACAAAAUCAAUGGGUUCCCACAACCAGAUGACUGUGAUCUGAUGAGAGAAAGACGACGGAUUGUAGAUCUUAUUACCAGCGGACGAGUCGCCGAGGCCAUUCAGUCUUCAGAACGGGUUGCUCCAAAUAUAUUUGAGAAGAAUCCGGAACUGGGGGUUUUACUUCGGAUUCAAGAGUUUAUCGAGGCCCUCACUUCAAAUGUGAGCAACUUGUCAACAUUUAGUGAUUUUUUAGUUCGAAAAGAAUGAUGCGAGUAACGUCGAUGAUUCCAAUAAGCCGACGACCUCAACUCAUCAACCCCGUAAUAAGAGAUCAGCUCCAGAUGGGGAAAAUAAUCAGACUCAGCCGAAGAGAAGGCUUAGUACAGGUAAUCUAAACGGGUUUUGUAUGCAAUUGUGUUCUCUAGGUACAGCACAGAGAACAGAGAGAUACCAUGGAUUUUCUGAUGACAAUGGCGAGAUGAGUGACGGCCAGAUGAACGGGCUUGGUAGAACAAAUGGGGCCUCCUUCACCCCGACCAACGGAAACUCGGCCAGCACCAAUAUCAUCGCUGAGAUGGACACCCAAUCGUCCUCUUCUCCUGAGCCAACUGAGCCUGCGGAUUCCACGUUAUUAGUUUCUGAAGAGAAGAUGAGUGAUGGAAAUGGAAUUGCAAAUCUUGAUUACAUUAUCAGAUUGGGGCAGGACAUUCAGAAACAAGCUGAGGUAUUGGAAUUACCUCGCGGGCUUAUUAAUUAUAUGGAUGUAAGUUGAGUACGACGAGCACGAGGUUGUUUUAGGAAGUCUUCAGCGUUGUUUGUUACCCUAAUCCAAAGCAAUCUCCGAAAGCAUAUCUGUUUGAUCGCAAAUAUCGUUAUCAUCUGGCCAAAUAUUUGAAUCGGGCACUUCUUCGUAAGCCUUUUCUUUAUUUUUUUUUACUUCAAAUUUAAGGUCACCAUAAGCAUCCCAUUGCAGAAGAAGCUGGGGAUGACAGCAUUUGUCCAAUCGAGAGGCUCUUCAAGAGCUCCCAUUAUAUCCACGGGGUUGCCAUCAAAAAGUCGAUUCCUUCCGCUGUCUUCCUCAAUGAAGAUCGGAUUAUCGAAGCUGGACGAUCUUGUCAAACUUACAAUCUUUGA